AUGUUGCUGCCAAUUCGUCCGUCACACGUUUUCCUUUCUUCCCCUUCAGUAUGUCCCGACCUUGUAGAUAAGUACCUCGAAGAAACUUCGAUCCGCUAUGUGACGCCCCGAGACCAUAGCAAUACGGAGCAUCUCCCUGUGCACCAACACAAAUCUGUGCCUCCCCACCACCCGUUGGUCUGCUGCUCCUCUUCGGGCCCCCAGAUCUGCGCCAAGAGAUCCGGCCGGGGACGGGCGCUGCUCGGCAACCAGCGGAAAAGGAGGAAGUCUGUGACGCCGGACCCGAAGGACAAACAGACCUGCGAUAUCCGCCUCCGAGUCCGGGCCGAAUACUGCCAGCACGAGACGGCCCUGGAGGGCAACGUCUUCUCCAACAAGCAGGACCCCCUGGAGCGCCAGUUUGAACGUUUCAGCCAGGCCAACACGAUCCUGAAGUCCCGGGAUCUGGGCUCCAUCAUCUGCGACAUCAAGUUCUCGGAGCUGACGUACCUGGACGCCUUCUGGCGCGACUACAUCAACGGCUCCUUGCUGGAGGCCCUGAAGGGCGUCUUCAUCACAGACUCGCUCAAGCAGGCCGUGGGCCACGAGGCCAUCAAACUCCUGGUCAACGUGGACGAGGAGGAUUAUGAGGUGGGCCGCCAGAAACUCCUGAGGAAUUUGAUGCUGCAGACGGCCCCCUGAACCACCGGCGGUGGAUAAUUUGGUGGUUUUUUUGGGGGGGGGGAGGUUCCCCCCAAUUUUCUUCCUCUCCUGCCUCUCCUCAGGCGCUCCUUGGGAGGAAUAUUUUUCUUUCUUUCUUUUUUUUGCAAAAUUAUUUUCCUUAAAAAAAGAAGAGAGAGGGAGGGGAAGAAGGGGGCGGGAAUGAUGUCUCCGAGAAAUGGAAUUGGUCACCUAGACUGAAUGAGUCUUUUCCGUGGGAGGAUACGCUGGCUUUUCUUCUUCUUAUUCCUCCAGGGGGGAACUGGAAACAGGGGGCCCGGAGAAGCCCACCUGGCACCCCUGCCUGGAAGGGGCCCAUUGUCCUGGGCUCGCGGAGCAUCGGGGACCCCCCAAAAGAUGCUCGGCAGUUCUUUCUUUCCGCCUGCCCUCUUGUGCUGUCCGACUUUUCUGUUGUUUCGGUAUUGUUGGCAUCGAUUCGUUCCCCCGCCGUCGGCCCCUCCUGGUGAAGCCCGACCUAAGACCCCCGAAGGCAGGCCCUUAAUCCGCCCCUUCCCAUUAAAGGAGCUGUUCUUGUCAUUGGGUCCCCGUUGCCGUCUCUCUGCGGGGGAAGGGGACAGAAAGGGGGGCCUUGGCUCAUGGGGAGGGGAGGGGGCUCCGCCUCC